AUGGCUUGCACCGAUAACACGGCCGUUACCACCACCAACGAAGCAGGCGGUGCUACCACCAUCUCCGCCGUGCAUCCCGACAUAAUUCAAACCCACAUCCUUAGACGCCUGGACGGUCCCGCGCUGGCCUCAAUCGCCAGCACGUGCUCCCAGCUCCACGCGCUCUCAGAACACGAGCAGCUCUGGGAGAACAUCUGCCACGCCACGUGGCCCUCCACCAAUACGCCACGCGUGCGCCACUUAAUCUCGACGUUCCCACGCGCUUCUCGUUCUUUUUUCUCCGACUCCUUCUCUUCGUUUGCUGCUGCACGCAGUUCUGACCACACGAACAUCGAGCGUACGCCGGAGCUCGUCACGGCGGUGGACCUCUUCCACGGGAUGAGGCCGGUUCUGUCGCGGGUGGUGGAGACGGAGACGGAGUCCGGGUGGUUCCGGUGCUCGCCGUUCAGAGUUGACGUGCUGGAUCCGAAGGAGGCGGUGGCGACGGCGAUGGAGUAUCCGCGGAGCGAGGAAGCGUGCGAGAGGCUCCGGGAGGAGUUGAGGCUGAGCUGGAUAGUGGUGGAUCCUGAGGGAAAGCGUGCAGUGAAUGUGUCGAGCGGGAGGGCGGUGUCUGUGGAGCGGCACUGGCUGAGCGGGGAGGUGCAGGUGAGGUUCGCGACGGUGGUGAGCGGAGGAGAGAGGGGGUCGGCGUCGGAGGCGGUGCUGUGCAGCGUGAGUGUGACUUGCGGGAGUGAGAUGCAGGUGAGGGAAGCUUGUGUGCAGAUGGAGGACAUGGAUGGAAUGGUCCUGAACGGGAAGGAGAGUUUGGGAAUUUUGCAGAGAGCAUUGGAGGGUAAAAGGGGAAGAUUAUUUGCUGAAGGAGACAACGAAGGAAGGGAUAGCUACUUGGAAUUCAUGAGUAGAAAGAUGGAGAGAAAGGAAAAGAAAAUGAGAGACGAAAGAAGACUGGAUAUGCUCUGCGUGGCCCUCGCGCUUUUGUCCUUUGCCGCUAUUUCCACACUAUUUUUCUCCUGA